AUGGACUCCGUUGGUGCUAGUCAGAUAGUGGCGGCUCUGGAGGUCAUAUACUCCAUGACAUCUAGCAAUGAUCAAAGACGCCAGGCGCAAGAGUUCUUGGAGAAGAUCAAGCUGGAGGAGCAGUCACCUUACUGGGGAUAUCAACUGGCUUUACCGGACAACAAUAAUGAAUUUGUUGUAAGACAUUUUGGCUUAAACUUAUUGCAGUCCGCUAUACAUAAUGACUUAGAAUCUUAUGAUAGUACGAAAAGAUUGGCGAUAAGGCAUUGGAUCGUGGAAUGUGCUAAUAAGGUAACUCCUCAGGAUCCCCAUUAUAUAAAAGAAAAGAUAGCUCAUUUGUGGGUUUCUGUGGCGAAGAGAUGUUGGGGAACGCAUUUAUUGAGAACAUCCCCAACCCCCAAUUCAAUCAACACGAAGGAUAAACUCACCGAAGCGGCCCUAGAUAAUAUUCAAUUAACAGAGGAUGAAAAAUUAGAUAGCUGGAUAUCCAUGGACAAAGAUCUUCUCAAUUUAUGGACCUUAAAUGAAGUCACUCGGGAACUGGCACUUGUGAUAUUCAGGACUUUAUUUGAGGACAUUUAUUUAUUGGAUGAUCCAAUUGCAGCUUCCAGACAGAUGAUCCUUACCAGCCUGGGCGCAGAAAUAGUCACUUCUGAAGCAAUAUUAAACCUGAAGUUUGUCCCCACGGAAUCAGUUCGGCAAUUCCGAGCGGAAAACCAAGGGUGGUUACUUAGAUGGGCUGAGUUCUUUGAAGAAUGCUUGGGAAUUCUUUACAAUAAUCAAUCAUCGCCUGAAACUAUUGCAAAAUCGGAGAACUUCUGCCUUAAGAUUUUACAAACUUUAAAGACUUCGCUGCAUUGGACUUUCCCUAUUGCUUUAAGAGAUGCAAAGAUACUGGAACUACUUUGCAAGGCGUUUAUGCUUCCCAGGACCCAAAUCAGGAUCCUUGCAACAGACUGUUUGCAUGUUUUAUUUACAAGAAGUUUUUCCAAUGAGGAAGAUUUUGCUGAUAUUGUUGGCUCCGUGUUUAAAACUGAAGGAAUCGAAAUGCUUUCUCAAGUCUAUCAGUCAACCAUACUGGACCCGGACGAUAUUGAUGAACAGAAGUACACACUGCUUAAAAAACUAGUCGAAAUGAUUGUGGGCCUUGGAGAAUAUCUGGGAUCCACUUCCUCGUCGUCAGCAGCCUCACCUCACCAACUUCCUGAUGACUCUAAUAUAGAAGCCUACUUGAAAUUGGUGUUAUCCACCCUAAAUCAUGAUUCAUUAAUAAUUUCAGGCUUAUCUCUUCAGUUCUGGUGUUCGCUGCUCCGAUCUGACAAGUUGUUUCAAGCUACUCAUGUUGAAUUGUUGUUGCCAGAUCUAAUCGAAGCUUGCUCCAAUAGACUGCUGGAUUAUACAGAUCUGUCAGAAGAACACACAUCAAAAAAAUUCCUUGAAGUUGACUUUGAUACGACUAGUGAAUCUAAAGUGUUUGUCAGCAACUAUAAAAAAUUCCUGGAAGAUAUAAUUAGGAUAAGCAUUUGUUGUAAUCCUGAAUUUGGGCUGAAUUGGCUGAACAACAGAUUAAAUCAAUUUUUCAGUUCCGAACUUGGAGUGAAAGCACUAUCUGAGAAGAAGCUGAAGUACAAAAACGAAGAUGCUGAGUCGUAUAUUUAUGGUGUCUCACAAUUUCAUAUUAUUGAAUGUGCAGUGCGUGGGGUAUCAAGAUGGGAGAUUUGGUACGAUGGUAGUGAUUUAGAAACGAAAAAACAAUACUAUGUUCGGUUGGUUAGUGAUCUUUGUGAGAAGCUACUGAAUUUACAUAUUAACGACCCAAAACUACUAAGAAAACAAAUUCAAACCCUGGUCCAAUUUACCCCGCUCUUGAAGACAAUUUCUCAAUUGAUGUUUAAGGUACUGGAGAGUGUUAUCAAUUCUACUACUUAUGAAUAUCCGGAAAACGCUACUGAUAAAGAACGUGAGGACAUUAGGGAUUUACGUACCAGUAGUGGGACAGAGCUAAACAGGCUAGCAUACUUGAUACCACAAGAAUUGAAAAACAUUCUCGAUCAGUUGGAAGAAGUGAUUGCAAACAUUUUAUCUUCCGAUAAAGUUAGUGAUCACGAGGCUGUUGCUUUCAAAUCCUUUUUAUUGGUUGUGUCCCAAAGAUCUAUGAUUGAAGACAGCGAACAAAGAUUUGCAAAGAUUGUUGAUCCGGAGUUAGCUGCUUGGUCUGAUCCAGCAACUGAAAAGGGACUUUUGGAACUCCCUUGGUUCAUGGAAAGGUUAGGAAUUGUGAAAAUCGCUGAAUAUUUCCAGAGCAGAAGGAUGACAGUCGACACAAACCUAUUGGAGGCGGAUAUGGAUGCUGCCGGAAGAGCCUUGCGAACUGACCUUAAGAAACAUUGGGAGUCAGUAUUUCCAAUCAGAGCCACUCGAAUCUUGAUUCAGUACAGUAUAGAAAAGUUGGAUCAUCAGUCGGAGCAAUUUCAAAAGCUUCUUGCAUUAUGGAAGCCUAGAGUCCAACCAAUUAUUCCACACGUAUUGCAACUUCUAUCACAAAUUCAAGCAUACCAUAACCCAGCCAAUUGGACUGACAUUCCAACUGAAGUUCAAGUGUUUGUCAAGUUUACAACUUUGGAACGGUUUUGGCAACAGGGGGUUUCAAUGCAGACUAAGGAUGCCUUUAUGGAAGAAAAUGUGAAAGCCAUUCACACUUUGAGAGAUUUCGCAGAUAAUGUCGGCCACAUUGUUAGAUACACUCGGGAGUACGCAUAUUUAACAAUAAGUUCCAUUUCUGAACUAGAAGAGACGUUGUACGAAAUCCCUAACAUUGCUACAUUGCUCUGGAAAGCAUUAGCCGGUGAUAGCGUGGGUAUUACAUUAUAUUCUUGGAGACAUAUGUUUACUAUUGUGAUGAGGGCUGUGUUUAAAAAUUGCCCCCUGAGGUACGUAGAACCGUUUUUAAGUGAGCUGCUACCCCAGAUGUUACCGGAAGUGGAUAAACUUUUGAGCACUCGCUGGGAAAAAGUUUAUUUGCGAGGAAUGCAGACCGAUGGUUCUGGAAACGACGAAGCUCUAACUGAAGAGAUGAUGGAGGAGCAUAUGUUGCGACAACUUACAGGCUCAGUGGAUCGAAUGCUAAUUGAUCUAGUAGGACAGUGGACAAAUAACAAGCUAAGUGACAGACAAAUGGAGUGCAGAUCAGUCAUCUUUAACAACAAAAAUAUUCUAGCUCCUUUUUUGCAGCUAAUUUGCAAUAUUAUCAUGUACAAAGAUACAAGAUGUUCGUUCAAUGCUAUUCUAAUUGUUAGGAAUAUUCUACCUGACAUUUUACUGAAAGAUGAUGAGGUAGACAAAUACCUUGCUGAUAACUUAAUGAAAGCACUGCUACAGGUUCUGAUGGAUGAAUUCUUUGCUGAUGCUCAGCUUGAAGCAGGACUAGCGCUGGCUUAUUUACUGGAUGUUCUCCAGAGAUUGCUUCCAACACUGACUUCGAAGGCUAUAGUUGGAUUUGAAACAAUUUUAACCUCGUCGACUAGUCUAAGGCAGCAAAGAAACACAUUCCAACAACUGAUAGCCACAGUAAGAAACUUAGACGAGAGUGCAUUAAAAACCGCAAGAGAUAAGCAGCUGGAGAAUGCAGUUCACAGGAAGAAACACGAAUCUGGUAUCAACAAAGAUGUUAUGGACGAUCCCUACCUGGAAAAUGGAGCAUUAAAUGGUUUAUUCAAUGAAAAUGAUACCUAA